AUGCAGUUAUGUGUGUCCUGUCUGCCUUACAGGGGGAAGCAGUAUGGCCAUGAUGUUGACUGCCUUAUAACCCACCCAGUGGAGGGUCAGGAAGAUGGAUUGCUGCCAAAAGUCAUCAGUUCACUAAACAGACAGGGUCUGGUACUGUAUCACAGUAUUAAUGAAAACACCUACAGUGAACGGCAAGACCUGGAACACUUGAGCAGCAAAACCACUAGCUUUGACCAUUUUGAACGAUGCUUCUCCAUCUUUAAACUAUACACUCAAAUGGUCAGUGGUGAAGGGCCCAUUAAGCUGCCCCUGCUCAGUAAUUUGAAAACCAUUGAACACUGCGCUAGUGAUGUACCUGAGGAAGAGUUCUCGGGCAUAGAGGCAGAGCAACUGCAAAAAUGGAAGGCUGUACGAGUGGAUUUGGUUGUUGUUCCUUUCAGCCAAUAUGCUUAUGCCCUUUUGGGAUGGACAGGCUCAAAGUGUUUUGAAAGAGAGCUGCGUCGAUAUGCCAGCCACGAGAAGAACAUGAUUCUGAAUAGCCAUGCCUUGUAUGACAAGCAACAGAAAAUGUUUUUGCCAGCUGAAUCUGAAGAAGAGAUAUUUGCUCACUUGGGAUUGGAGUAUAUUUCCCCAACAGAUAGAAAUGCAUGAUGUCUGUCCAUGUGCACACAGGAUGAACGGCAAGAGACUGGACACACAGCUCAAGUUGUGGUGGUGGUUUGUAAGACUGGAUUAAUAUGAUGUGUCCAUCCAGCAUAAGAAGAGCAGGCCUGACACAAUCCAAAGGAUGAGUUUAAAUGAGAUCAGAACCAUACUGUCAUAAUUCCUCAGAAUGAUUAAAUAAAUAUGGGCAAAUGUAAAAACUGAGCAUAAUUUAAUUUCUAACUAGUGUACUGCAGCAGUAAGGAUUUUUGAAGUAUCACCUGAUAUGUAUAUGGUCUUUUAUUACAUAGCUGUGUUGUAGUAGUAGCAGCUCACAAUAUGUGCAAUGAGAAAGCAAGUAUAUACUGUGUUUUAAUGCCUGAGUUAAGGUACCCAUUAAAACAAUAGACCCAUGCACUUUUUACAUCCAGUGGUAAUCACUACAGCUAGCUUAGCCUUUCUCUCAGGGACUUGUAUUUAAACUAUAUUUCAAGUGUUUUGACAAUUAUUUGCAGGCACAUCCGAACACAGCAGUUGACUGAUCAUUAGCAUUCAGGUAAACUGUCUUCAGGCUGCCUGGAAGAAAGCCUCAUUGCCUUAUUAGAACUUUUGUAUUAAAAUAAAAAUGUGCCUUGUCAUGUCUACAGGUGUUGCAUCUUGACCUUUGUUCUUUUCUUUGUCAGAAUACUGGGCAAGAUGGGGAUAGUAAAUGAAAGUAACUUGUAAGUUACAGUUUUGGUAAACGGUCAUUUUGUAUCAUGUAUUUUUCUAAUUAAAAGUGAAAAGUAUUAAAAAAGUGA